UCAUCUGUGCAUCGUAAACAACGAGACCAACGGGACUGCCCUGAAAACCACAACCAACGAUUGAACCGAAGCGCGCGCUCGCUCUCCUCUGUCUCUCUCUCUCUGUGUCAAUCGCUUCCCCCACAGAAAUUUGUUUCCUCAACUCGGGAUUGCUCGAAUUCAAUCAAAAGUUGCUUCCUCUUUCUUUGGGGGGUGUUCAAUGGACACGUCACCGUCGAAGAUGGCGCCGUUGUCGGCGAACUUGACCUCCAUUUGCACACCCAGAUCGAUCGAUUCGAGCGAUAAGCUUUGUUAUGGGCUCCAGUUCAAAGGAAAAGGAGGACCCAUGAAGCGAGUCAAGGCAAUCGUGCCGGUGCCCAACGGUUCUGCUUCUCACUCUGCUUCCAAUGGGGCUGAAUCAAGGUCUGUUGCUGAUGCACAUAAAAGAAUAAGCAGUGUUGAAUCGCUGUUCUGUUAUGAUAAGCCUAUUCCAGAAGAGAGGAUUGAGAAGCCGGUUGGUUUGUCUUUAGAAGAAAAAAUAAUCGGAGAUCAUCCUCGAUGUGAGGAUUGCUGUGCGAAAGGUGCAGUCCUCUGCUCCACUUGUUCUGGUUCUGGACUUUAUGUUGACUCUAUAAUGGAGAGCCAGGGAAUCAUAGUCAAAGUUCGCUGCUUAGGUUGUGGUGGAACCGGGAAUAUAAUGUGCUCAGAAUGUGGCGGUCGAGGUCAUCUAGGAGCAAUUUGAGUUUUUCAUGGUUUGUUUCUCCUGUGGCUCUUCUGCCAAAUCUUGUCCACUGGGACUUUCAUUUUGAAACUGCAAAAUUCAUGGAUAUAUAUAUUUUUUUCGAGUUACUUUUGCUUCAUGCAAUCGGUGUCGCAGUGAUCGACUAAGGAACAGAGUUAGCAAUUCAAUCAUGGUGAUUUUGUCAAGCCGCAAUUAAAGAACAGGUGAUUGUACUGCUGAAGCUUUUGUAUAUGCAAUGGUAAGAACAAAAAAACUAGUCCCGAAAAGAAGAAAACUAAGGAAACAUCAGUAUGGUUCUCUGUGAA